GCCGAUUAGGAAAACAAAGGUUAUGUAAAUAAGGGAAAUACAGUUGUAUGGAAUACACAAGUGCACAUUUGUGCUAGAAGAACACUAGUAGGUGGAAGAAACACUCCCACAAUAAGAAUUCAAGUUACAGAUCUUCCAUGAGAUACUACAGAAAACAGCACACAGUUUAUUGUCUGAUACUUGUUUCCAAAGUCCGGUUGCUGUAAGCUCAAAAUGAGUAUAUUUUUUAGUGAGCAAUUUUGAGAACGGUUUCUUUCCCUUGUGUGUGGAAUCUGCAGUGUUCGUUCAGCAAAGUGCUGUGGUUUCCUGCUGCUUUCUGCAAUGGGAUCCCUGAUAAAAGUGUUUCUCUUGUGCUGUGCAACCCUGGAAAUCUAUGGAGCAGGCCAAAAAAAUGUAAAGCCAUUGGUGACUACAAAGUAUGGGCAGCUCCUUGGAAAAACAGUGGAUGUAAAGGGAACAGACCGAUCAGUUCAUGCUUUUAUGGGCGUUCCCUUUGCAAAGCCCCCUACUGGACCACUGAGAUAUGCUGAGCCACAGCCACCGGAGCCAUGGAGCUCUGUCAAGGAAGCCACGGCACCUCCACCCAUGUGUUUACAAAAUCCAAUAAUAAUGGAACAUUCUGUGACUAUAUUCAAGGCAAAUGCUGUGCUGCCCCCUAUUUUAGAGGAUUGCCUGUACCUAAAUAUCUUCACUCCAGCUGACAGAGAGAAGAAUUCCAAGCUACCUGUCAUGGUGUUUAUCCAUGGAGGAGGACUGGCUAUCGGAUAUGCAUCACUUUAUGAUGGCUCUGCUUUAAGUGCCUAUGAAAAUAUUGUAAUGGUGUCAAUUCAAUACAGACUCGGACCUCUAGGAUUUUUUAGUACUGGUGAUAAGGAAGUGCAAGCAAAUUUGGGACUUCUGGAUCAAGUUGCCGCUUUUCAGUGGGUUCAGGAAAACAUUAAGGAGUUCGGAGGUGACCCACAGUCAGUCACCAUAUUCGGAGAAUCAGCAGGUGGCCUGAGUGUUUCUGCCCAUAUAUUAUCUCCCCUAUCAAAAGGUCUGUUCCACAGAGCUAUAGCUGAGAGUGGGGUUGCAAUAUUUCCUAAUCUGAUGGUCCAUCAAACUGAAGAUGUUCUUUAUGGUCGAGAUCUGAUUGCCAAUAUAUCUGAGUGUGAUUUACCUCUUAUUCUAAACUGUCUGAAAAAUAAAACAGAAGAUGAGAUGUUGGAAAUUACUGUAGCUAUGGGAUUCACAAUCUUACCUGUCUGUGUAGAUGGAAUAUUCCUUCCCAAGCCUGCAGAAGAAAUCUUAGCUGCAAAGGAAAGCAAUCCUGUUCCCUAUAUGGAAGUUCAAGGAGCACAUGUUGACACAAUUUCUCAAUAUCAGUGGAAUGAUGGAUGGAAUGGAGAAGACAGACGUUCUGUCUCUACUAAAUUUUUCUCUAUUGAUUCGGGGCUUCCUGUUUACUUCUAUGAAUUUCAGCACCGUCCUUCACUGUAUGACGACUCAAAAGCUGAUUUUGUUAAAGCCGAUCACGGAGAUGAACUUUACUUUGUCCUUGGUGGGCCGUUCCUGAAUGGUGAUGUAACAUUUCAAGGUGAUGGAACAGAUGAAGAAAAAGUCCUUAGUAAGAAAAUCAUGAAAUACUGGGCUAACUUUGCUAGAUAUGGGGAUCCUAAUGGGCCUGGUUUGACAGAAUGGCUAAAAUAUGAUGAAGAUGAACAUUAUAUGGAAUUGAACUUGAAACAGAAAAUGUCUCAAAGACUAAAGGAAGAGAGAUUUAAGUUUUGGACCAACACCCUGCCUGAAACAACAAAAGAGAUGAGAGAAAAGAGAGAUGAUCAUACAGAGCUAUGAAUUUUUUGAAUAAUGUAUUUACGUGCUUGUUUAUUUUGUAAAGAAAUAAAAUUUUCUCAUCUUUGACACCAAAUUGAAACAUGUAACAGAUAACAUAAACUAUAUAUAUAUAUAUAUAUAAAGGAUCAGGAUCAUAAAGACAGGGACACCAGGCAAAAGCAUAGGUUUACAAAAAAGCAUAAAAGGAGGGACUCAUUCUUACAAUUUAGCAGAAAAUGAUUGUUCAUCAAUAAAGUCCGUUAAAUCUGUU